UUGUAGGGUGCUGAAGAUGGCAGGCAGCUCCGCUCCUUGGAUCGGCAGCGCUUAUCUCUUCCUCCAGUCGACGUGCAAGACCAUCGUUCUGCCGUCUCUCUACGAAAGCUCCCAGAAGAAACCUAGUGUGUUCAAGGCGCUGAAGCUGGCAUUAGCAGACUCCACCGGCAGCGUGAAUGGUGUGGACAUGCUCAAAGUGCACUGCAGCCACCCGCACCUGAUAGUCCAGCUCAAGUUCUGCAAGCAAGAGAACUGCCGCCGGUUCCUGCAGAGUUACCGGGAAGGAGCGCUCCAGGAGUCCCUCCAGAAUCACCUCCAACUCUCCUUGGCCGUGACCACGGUGCCUCUUGAGAUGGAGCUGAAGGCUGGCAACGAGCACCUCGACAACAUGCUGAAGGAUGAGGACCGCUGCCUGGAGUGCAUCUACAGGGAAAAGCCUGACCGCCUGCGGGAUGAGGAAAUCACAGAGCUGGAGGAAUGCCUCAAGAGCCUGAUCGUUCACCAGAGUAUCAACAACAAUAUCGCUGUAAAAGACUACGCGUCUCUGAACUCCCCAUCUCUACCUUAUCCUUCUCAAAGCAGCUCCCUUUCCCCGCAAGUCACCUUCAUCUUUCAGGGACAGGAGUUUGCCAACAGAACACUCACACUAGACGACCACCAGAAAUUUGCCAAGCUCGUAUCCAAGAAAUGGAAGCAAGUGGGUCGCUCUUUGCAGAAGAGCUGCCGGGCCCUGCGCGAUCCUGUCAUUGAUAACCUGGCCCUCGAAUAUGACCGAGAAGGACUAUACGAACAAGCCUAUCAGCUGCUUCUCAGAUUUAUCCAGUCGGAGGGGAAGAAGGCCACAAUAGCGCGGCUGAUCGCAGCCCUGGAAGAAAAUGGUCUCAUCAGCUUGGCUGAGGAGCUCUUGGGCCUCCAUUCCAACGAGGACUGCUCCUAGAGCCCGAGGGGUAGUGGCAUUGCUAGGGGCUUUCUUGCUUUAGCUAGUGUAUGAGACUGCUGCCAGUGCCUGGGAAUGUAAAGUCCUGAAAAUCACCGCAGGUUUCCGUGUAGAUGGGAAUGCCCAGGGGAGAGGUUCUGUGCUCACAGAAGCCAGCACGGACCUCUGACGUUGCUUAUUUCAUUCUGUUUCCAGAAGUCAACGUUACCUUCCCGUGAACUGGUGAGAGGGGCUUUCAGCCUGACUUCCUUCAGGACUGAAAUGUCACAGGGAAGCAGCCAGACAGUUAGAGAGCCCUAGGGAAGGGUGGGGGAGAGAGGAAAAGCAAGGCAGGCAUCUCAGAGAAUUUCUCCGAGAAGCAGACAACGCCACUGUUUCUCAGGCUGUGGCCCAGGGCCAUCACCUGGAGAGCUGCAAUAUAUUUUUUAUACUGAAGACAUUUAUGCCCUCAGGCCUGACAUCAAGCAAAGACAGAGGGGAAGUUAAGGAAAAGCCAAUUUUAUAUUAUUUUCCUUCUUCGUUCUUCAAAUGAGGAUCAUCUGUGGCAAGUGCAUCUGUCCUGCCCUACCCUAGUAUAGCUCCUUCCCACCUCUCACCACCUGAAGGUUUCCCUUUUACCUGGGACAGUCAUAAUCUUCCACAGUGCACAAGAUUGCUGCUGUAGAACAAAUUUCAGGCACUGAACAAGCAAUAUGGACAAACACAAAUUCAGAGAAUGAUUCCCAACUUUUUCUGGACCGUGGUGGACAAUAAUAUAUUGACUACAUCGUGCUUAGCUCUUUCCCACCAACCCGAGGGAGCCUGCAUCCGUGAAAAGCAAAACACAGUGCUGGAAGGAAAACAGUCUCCUAGUCAGCAAGUUACCUGUGGAGCGCAGAUUGGAACUGCUGCUCUAACGUGUGCCACAGCAUCACAUACCACCAAAUACCCCAGCCCACAGAGCUGAGCAAUCGCCUCUGACCAGCUGGCUGCUAGUGCCUUCGCUCUCUUCUUAACCCCCUGCCCUUGGCCUGCUGAAUUCACCGGAUAGCUCACACCAUCGAGUCCCACAAGAGUCGGGAUUUGCACGGAGCCUUUCCCUGGCGGUGUUGUCACUGUGUGACAAUUGGACAUCAGCUGCUGUGCCUGGAUUUACCUGCCCUGAUUUUGAGGGUUAAAAAUGGCUUGAAGGACAAAGCACCCAAACCCCAGGGCUGACUUGUGCUUUCAGUUCCGGUGGGAGAAGCCAACUCUCUCCUGGUAUGGUUGAUGCAGACUGCAACAGAGCAGAGUUUAUACCUUUGCCCGUAACAAAGCAACAAGUAUCUAGCAUGACGUGGGUCCCAUGAAGCACAACAGCUUGAUUACCUUUGACAUAUUCCCUAUGCUUUCCUGAUAUGUUUUUACUUAUCCUUUUUCAUUAAUUCUAGCCCUCUUUGCCCUUCCCAUCCGUGGGAAUAGCCAGUGGGCCUCGGAAAUUAUUUCAGAUGCAGAGAGUGGCUCUGCCAGCACACAUAAAGCCUGUGUGUGCACGCAAGUAUCGGGCCCCUGGCAGUCAUGGUGGGACCAGGUUUCAGACAGGCAAGCCCUGAUCACCUUUUAAACCACAACUCACAUCUUGAUCCUUCCUGGAGUCAAAGCUGCAAUUCGGUAAGGAGGGAUGCAACGUGGGAUUCAGGUGUGGGCUCAGAUCCGAGCUCCUGGGGCUGGUGCCGCUCCCUUAGCUUCUGCUAAAGUGCAUGCUGUGAGCAUCAGCUAAUUGAAAACCAGAAUCAGGAGGAUUUAGAUGGCCAUCUUCUACCCAGUUGGGGUCCACAUGCCUCAGAUGUGCUGAGCAUCAUGUGCCUCAGCGUGAGCCUGAGGAACCCGGCUUUUUUCUGCUGAUUUUGAAUCCCCAAGAUCACAUACACAGUGUGGAAAGAAAAUGGAGGGGGUCAAAGAUGGGGAGAAUGUUUUCAGGGUGUGAGUGAAUCUGUUUGUCUUGCCCUUAGCUUCAAAGAAGCAGGACUUCAUGCAGGCACCAUCUCUACAAAGACUGUGGCUCCGUGACCUUAAGCCAUUCUACGUCAGUGCUGUUGCAGUCUCAUCUCCCCCGUUCCUGCUCCACGUCCUACCCUCUCCCUUACAGUAGUACCAGUGCUCUUCCCAAAAUGAAGCAAUUAUCUCUGACACUUUCGCUUUUGGGACCAGCACAGCGAUGCUGAUCUUAUUUAGUUUAGGGUGCUGUGGAACCAUACCUCAAAGCAUUUAGCUUUCCUGCCAUAGCCUACCAGGGGAACUGUUUGGCAGCAACCCACCUGGCAAACGGUAUUUAAAAAAAAAACCAAAAAAAACCAAACCCCAAACCAUCAGAAACUUGAAAAUUACUUUAACAGCAAGAGGGUUUGCUCUUGAUUUUGCAAAAAUGAUUUUUUUUAGAAAACAAGGUCAUAUGCAUAGCCUGCUGUCUCGUUUGUAAUGAAUAUUUCUAAGCUCUCAGACUAGCUAUUCACGUGCACAACUUUCACAUACAGUUAGAAGGCAGCCACCGAGUAGUGAGAACUGCUAGCUUUUAGAGCAUCUGUUAAUGCUUAAAAUGAGAAAGGCUUAUUUUUUUGCACUUGAAGUAGAUGCUGAAUAACUUCUUUGCUGCUAUUACUGUAUUACAGAGGACUAAGCAUGAAUGCUUUUUUUCUUAAUGCAAACCUUGUGCAUUUUAUUCCUCUGCCAGCAAUUGGCAUAUGUGUUUCCUCUUACUCACAGAUUCCCUCUCAAAAGUGCCAUUAAGUGCUGGAGCUCCUGGCAACCUUUCUGGAAUAUCAUCAUCUUAACAGCAUUCACAGGUGCCUUCAUUGCAGAGACUCGAAGGAAAAGGGUUUUCCAGUGAUACUCCAUGGUGGAGCUGUCUUGAGCACAUGGCACGGUUUGGGACCAUAGCAGUGGCUAUUUCAUACCUUCUUUUCCACGAUGGGUCAUCAUCAUCAUAUGCAGUGAGAACUCGAUUCCGGUCUCAAGCGGACUCCUUCCUGCUAAGAGAGUAGGUUUGGUUUUUUAGUGUUAUCUGGCACAGUCAUAGAGACAAUGUUCACAGAAGCCUUAGAAUGAAAUAGAUCAAUUGGAUCGUGAGUACACGAUGUCAUUUGCAUUGAUUUGGCAUUUGGCUGGGGCUUGACUCUGAAUUUACUUCUGUUUUACCCAGAAGAUUUUACAGUGGUUUUACACCAGCGUGCAAAGACAAGGGAACUCGCAUUACGCAGGGAAGGAAGAAGCACUGACAAAGGAAAAAACAUUAGCAGAGAUUUGUUGAAGAAAUUAGAGGCGUGUCUUCACCUCAGAUAGUAAUGCAGUGAGUGGAACUGAAGAAAGAGCUAGAUGUUGGGGAUACCUGCUGAUACACCAGGAACUCAGUGCUAUAUGCUAGACCAAGGGCUACAAUAAGCACCCCCGGUGACUGCCUGGCUGUCACGCUGCUGGAAGAGGAGUGCGCUCAUGCUUUCUUCCUUGCCUGUGCAAAGUUAGUUGCACACACACUGCACCUACUCAGAUGGCAACACGCCCUUACUACUAUUUCUACCGAUUAGCUAACGUCGGGUGUGUGAGAUAAGCCAUGGGCAGUGCUGCUGCUGGUGAAUUUGGCCUUAUCCCGUAACAGCUCUUCUCUAUGUAUUGAGGUACGUCUGGAAAAAAAAUAUAAAAUAUUUGGGGUGGGGGGGGUGAGGGUGUUUCAGAAUCAAGCGUGCAGCAAACCAGCACACGGUAUUAAAAGGAAAUAAAGGUGCUAAUCAGUUGCAUAUAAAAAAAUGAAAUAGACAAAGUAUAAAACAAACAGCAGAAACCAGGCCAAAAUGCGCUCACAGGAAGGGAUCCAAGCGGGCUUUUUUGUGGUACAGAUUGUUUUUGUAGUUUUAGCAAUGUUUCAGAUUUGAAGGAGGCUCCUUUCAGUCUGCCAGAAAGAAUAAAAGAUCCAUCCGAAGGAGAAUUUGAAUGAUUUGUUUUGGCAUAGCUGAGCUAGUUUUCAAAUGGAUAAUAACGAAGAGGAGAGUGAAAGUUAAAAUGCUCACCAGAUACACUUCGUUGUGAGGCAUCUGGUAGAAAUAAACCUGAGAGUAUACCCUGAUAUAAAAUUGUCACGAAGGAAAAAUAUCAAACUGUCCUGGAGAGCAGAGUCAGUGAAAGGCCAACAUUAACCCUCCGAGAUGCUUGCUAAAAAUACACCACAGAUUUAUUCAUCUGCUGAAGACAACGAUGCACCAUCGUGGCAGAUAGGGAAGGUGCUCUCUUCCAGCAGCUUCAGUUCUCACAUGCCACAACUGCUUACAGUGGACCAGUUUGUCAGGUGAAAACAGUACUUGACUCAAAAAUAAGAAAAGGGCUCAGCAUUAUUGAUCGGAAGCGCUUGAAAAUCACGAGCCGGACGUUAAAGAAAUCAUAAAAUUUUCUUCCAGAUUUUCAGAGCAAGUCAAAUUAAAAACGAAUGUUGACAGCUCGCAGCAACACUUUCCAGGUUUCCAUUUUCAUCUUCAGCCCUACCAUUGAAGAGAUGGACAUCUGGAUUAUUUUUAAUGCAAAAUGGGGUGCUAAUGUCAUAGCACUGCAGGUUACAGAGCUUUAUGAAAAAAAUGAGAGCCUCCAAGUAAAACAGUUUGCUGGAGUUUCAUAGCUGGGAAAUCUCAGAACUGUAUCCAUUUCAAAAUUUGGGGGAAGCUGAGGCAGAAGACAGAAUAUACUUUGCACCACUGUCAAGAUACGGAAAACGUAAGGCCAAAAAAGCGUGUAGGCUUAGGGCUGAGGGAAACUACUUGUUCAGAGAAGGCGUAGGUGCUUGGUGCGGACACUGCUCCAGACAAAGGUCUUUUCCCAGUGUGAGGAAAUGGUGGGGUUUUUCCUUACCUGUUAGUUUUGCCAUUCAUUUCAAAAUCUGGUUCGGCGUCGAGAAGCUGUCCUGCUGCCUGGGUCACCGUGUCGCCUCCCCUCUGCGGUCUCGAAAGGUACCUUAGAGCCACCUCCGAGUCACACCCCGGCAGCUGCCCACAGACUCUGAAAGCAGAAGCACGUACAGCAAUGAGGAGCCUCGAAUUCGCUUAAACUGCUGAUUUAGUUUAACUGAAAAUCCUGGUAUAGCCGUGAACCUCUGGUAUUGUACACCUUAAACCAAGAAGAUACUAGAAUGGGAGUCAAGAGGGUUUCUUCAGUCUAACCCACAUACUGGAGUGCGUACCUGAAAUUGGUGAGAUACACUGCUUUACACCGGACAAGGGUCUGGCCAUUUGUCUUUUGUACAGAGAUGGGCUCAAACGGUGAGGCAAUUUAAGGCCUAGAGUCAAAAGAAUUACAGUUUUUUUUCUUCUCUGGAUUGAAUUUUAAAGCCACUGAAGGGAUUUGGCCAUACAUCUCUAACUGAAAUCCGUAGGAGAUGUGUGGUUAAGUCCCUUAGUCAUCAGUGGAAAAAUCCCUUGCUGGCCCUCUAAUUCCAAAUUUCCAUGAUAGUCAGCAUCAGAUCUGGAUCAGCCAUCUACAGCUGUGGACUGCAAUGCCAUGUACACUCAGGUCUAGGACAUUCAACCUCCAACGAAUCAUCUUUUAUAGAAAAAAGCACUUUGAUCUAUUUUUUCCUCCAUUUUUAUAAAUAAAUGUAUACUUUUGAU